CCAAUUUGGUUGUGAACUGAGGUGUUCGUAAGCCAAGGUACCACUGUAACUAUAAUGAAAUCAAUUUAAUGUCAGGACUGAUGCACAUCUACUCAGUCACAGAAGCUAAAGACAGAACAUUAGCUAACUUACAAGACUGUAGCAGCACUCAAGCUCUUUUCACUGUGUAAACCUGUAUUUUUCCAGCAUCCGUUUUAAGCCCCAGAAGCUGUGUGCUUGUGUGGGCAUGGUGCUUAUCAUACACACAGAUGCAGAACAAAAGGGUUAAUUGCUGUUAUUUUAGUAGCACCUGUACACAUAACUAUGCCAGGGAAAAGCACCUAGGGUGCCAUAUGUGGCUGUAAAGCAUUGCAGUUAUUUCUGUAUCUGUCCCUGUAUGUGUACCUGAACACAACCAUAUAUAAAACAACUAGGGUUGGGUGCAUGCUGUGCAUGUUUGAGUCCAUCCCAGACCCGCAGUGAUACUUGAAAUCAAAAGCCUUGAUUGUAAGGCUUUUCUCUGUUCAAGUUAGCAAUAUGUUCAGGUUUAAUUUAUUGUGUGGAUUUGGUCACAACAGUAUUAUAGAGUGCUUUUGUUUUUAAAUGUUGAUGUGCUUGUUUGUAAUUUGAUGUGAGCAUUUCAUUGAACCAAAAUACAUGAUGGGGCAGCCAACCCAUCUUUAUCUUGAAUUUUAAGAGCCAAGCUACACAUAUGAUACAACUCCCACUUUAGGUGCAAAAUCAGGAAACUCUUCUAAGAUAUACUAGUGGUGGAACCUUGAGAUUUCAGGCUGCUGGGAAGUUUAUUUUCCACAAGAGUUUGAGAAAUAAAUGAUACAGUCAGAAAAAUCAGCAGUUGUUGGACUGCACCACUUAGACUGCAGGUUGUGGCCCUUGCCCACACCCAAAAAGAUGAAUGGCUGGAUUUCAAGCACGGUCUGCCUGUCCAUUAUCCUUUCACUACAGUUGAGUAGUGCUUUUGCCCGGAGAAGCCAAGAUCUUCGCUGUGGAGUAUGUCGUGCCCUGGUGGAUGAACUGGAGUGGGAAAUAUCUCAGGUAGAUCCCAAGAAAACCAUCCAGAUAGGUUCCUUCCGUAUCAACCCAGAUGGAAGCCAGUCCAUUGUAGAGGUGCCCUACGCCAGGUCUGAGGCUCACCUGACAGAACUGUUGGAGCGCAUCUGUGAGAACAUGAGUGAUUACGGUGAGAAAGUGGAUGCCACCACACACCGGAAAAACUAUGUCAGGGUGAUCUCCCAUGAUGGGACCAAGAUGGACCUUUCUGAAACCAAAAUUGAUGGCGAUGUGACGUCAAGCCUUAAGUUUGCGUGUGAGAGUAUAGCUGAGGAGUAUGAAGAUGAGCUUAUAGAAUUCUUUUCCCACGAGGCAGAAAAUGUCAAGGACCGGCUGUGCAGCAAACGAACAGAUCUGUGUGACCAUGCCUUGCACCUGACACAUGAUGAACUAUGAAAUGCAAAGAUCUGACUAGCCUGGUGGAUGUGUUGGCUAGUCCUUUCUAGAUUACCUCCGUUCUUACAGCUCUCGUCAUUGUCCCAGCAAUCGUCUUUCAAUCUUGGGAAUAAUUCUGUACAAUCUGGAAACCAAAGAUGCACCUCUGGAAGAAAACACUAGCAAAGUUUCUUUGGAGAUUUUUACUAAGCAAACACAAGGUGCUGUGUCCCUCAUCUGACUCUCUUUACAUCCAUUAUUAUCAAACCUUUGUUACUGUUGUUGUUAUUUUUAAAGGGAGCAGAAAGAUGUCCAUUUCAGGCUCAAAAGCCAUGCUUUCCACUGCAUAGCCACUGUGUCUUUUGUUUUUUUAAUACUUUGUGCUGUAUGCAGGCACAGUGAUCUGGAGACUGAAUGAGGGGAUGAGCAGCACAGUUCCUGGAUUCAGUUCUAAUGUUCAGUGGAACCCAAGCAGCAGGGUUUUAUGAGUCCCAAAUGUAGCUCUUGUUGUAAUGCUGGGCAGGUUAUUUAAUUUGUGGUUCUGCUACCACCAUAUUAUGUAACUCUCACAACUUCAGUCAUUUAAUUUAUCUGGGUAACCCUUUGAACAGGAAGAGGGGAAGAGUCUGUCACAGAUGCUCUUAUAAUUAGCCCAUAAAGGAAACCACUGCAAGGAGGAACAGCACAAGCACAAAUGACGGUUGCUCGGUAUGUGGUGCUGGCCCUGCAGAAGCCACACAAAAUGGUCACUGAUGGUGUAACAUGUGGUUUGGGUUACCACUUUGAACAUUGCCCCCAUGGAACUGUUGGCAGUGUUGUGGAAACUCCAAACCUACGUCAAGUAGCAAGCAAACCUCUGUGUUACAAUUGAGACGCUCUUUUGUCAGCUUCGACAUCAGUGUAUAAACUUGCUUGUGUAAUCCACUUGUGCUGAUUUGGAGUAUCAGGCAUUUGAUAAAUGAGGGAAGUGUUGAACUCUUUCAAAGGGCUUUAAAAAUUUUUGAUACCUUUUUAUCACCUGUUUUUUAUGACUCUGGGUCACAGAUCUACCAGUGAUGGUGAGGAAAUAAAUCAUGCUGUGAUUGAUGCAGGA